AUGUGGUGUCGGCUCUUUAUCAUCGAUAUAUACAGCCUAUAUCAAGGUGAAGAAGAUCUCUGGGUCCCGGACCCAGUCUGCAUCACCGGCCUACAUCAAGGCCAAGAAGACCUCUGGGUCCUGGGCCCACCUCAUGUGAUCGAGUUCCUCCAGGUCGAAACGUUGUUUAACCACUUCUACCUUGUCAUGGAGCUACAGGACGGUGAUGCGAGCGAACUUGCGCUGCUCGACGAGUUUACGCAAGCAAGAGGCUUGUUCGACGUUGGAGACAACAUCGGCCGCCCUCUCUUGGGGGCAUGUUUGUUGCGGUCCAACAACCCCUGA